AUGUCCACCCCGAAGAAGCUCAGGGCUGCCAUGGCAGCAGUGGCGGCGAUGUACUUCAUCGUCACAUUCUUCGGCUCGCUAACCCCAGGCGAUCCUACAACUUACACAGAGCAUAACUCGAAAAGCCUCGAGAAACAGCGGAAGCAAGAACAGCAUGUCAACUGGAAGCAGCACGCCGUUGAUAUUCAAACAAACAACAUUAACAGGCUCCCUGAGAUGGCCACCGUUCGCCAGCAAUUGAGCUUUCAGUUUCCUUACGAGCCUCGCAAGGGAUUCCAGAAGAACAUAUGGCAGACAUGGAAAGUGGGCGUGGAGGACGGCACUUUCCCUGAUAAGUACAAGAAGUACCAGAACGAAUGGGCUGAAAAGAACCCAGGGUACCAUCACUACGUGAUUACAGACGAACAGUGUGAUUUGAUGAUCAACGACUUGUUUGGAUCGGUCCCUGACGUGAAGGAAGCAUGGAAUCUGAUGCCCAAGAGUAUCCUCAAGGCUGACUUUUUCAGGUACCUCAUUUUGUACGCUCGCGGAGGCGUCUACUCAGAUAUCGACACUACUGCGCUUAAACCAAUCGAUACUUGGCUUUCUGCCAACGCUACUGUUUUUGACCAAGAAAAUACUGCCGGUUUGGUGGUGGGAAUCGAGGCAGACCCAGAUCGCCCUGACUGGGCUGAGUGGUAUGCGCGGCGGAUACAAUUCUGUCAAUGGACCAUUCAGGCGAAAAAAGGGCACCCGCAGUUACGCGAGUUGAUUGCAGCCAUUACAGAAAUCACGCUUAAUAGAAAGAAGAAGGGCCAGCUUCGGAAGGUGUUAGGGAAGGACGAAGGUGGCGAUAUCAUGAACUGGACCGGGCCAGGGAUUUGGACGGACUCCGUUUUUGAGUACUUGAACAACUUGGCUCAGCCUCAGAUGAAUAGAGACGAAGGAAAGGUCGAGACGAUUGUGGACUGGCAGCUUUUUACUGGGCUCACGAAGCCACGGAUCGUGGAGGACGUGAUGGUGCUACCGAUUACGAGUUUCUCGCCCGACGUGGGCCAGAUGGGUGCUAGGUCGAGUAACCACGAGUUGGCGUAUGCGAAGCACAUGUUCCUGGGUUCCUGGAAGAACGACUAA